AUGGUUACAAACCUCUUCCAGACCCUUACGGCCCCGAAUGGACGCUCAGUCGAGCAGCCUCUGGGUCUGUUCAUCAACAACGAAUGGCGCGAGGCAAAGUCUGGCGAAAAGAUCACAGUCGUAAGCCCCAUAGACGAGCAAGAAAUCGUCAAGGUCCAUGCCGGUGGCGAGCAAGACAUUGACGAUGCUGUGAAAGCAGCCCGCGCAGCUUUCCGAGGGCCAUGGUCAAGAAUUAGCCCGACAGAGCGUGGCGAGCUCAUGCGAAAGCUGGCCGACCUGGCUGAAGAGUUGACAGACACGUUUGCUUCGAUCGAUACCUGGAAUAAUGGGAAGCGUUUUUCGUCGGCCCAAGGAGACGUUUGCGAGUUGACAGGAGUGCUUCGCUAUUAUGCCGGGUUCGCCGAUAAGAUUUCAGGCCAAGUUAUUUCUACCAACGAUAACAAAUUCGCGUAUACGAACCGACAACCGAUUGGCGUCUGUGGCCAGAUCAUUCCCUGGAACUAUCCAUUGGGAAUGGCAGCUUGGAAGCUCGGCCCGGCGCUGGCUGCUGGCAACACAAUUGUGCUCAAGCCUGCCGAACAAACCCCUCUAUCUGUCCUGCUAUUUGCCACUCUUAUUGAAAAGGCCGGUUUCCCACCUGGCGUAAUCAAUAUCGUCAAUGGAUUUGGUCGCACAGCUGGAGCAAGCCUAGCUGGACACAUCGACGUGGAUAAGAUUGCCUUUACAGGGUCUACAAACACAGGUCGCGAGAUCAUGAAACUGGCAGCUACCAAUUUAAAAGAAAUCACCCUCGAGACGGGUGGAAAGUCACCCCUUAUCGUUUUUGAAGAUGCCGAGCUUGAGAAUGCCGUCAAGUGGGCUCAUUAUGGCAUUAUGGCCAACCAGGGACAAAUCUGCACAGCUACAAGCAGACUCCUUAUCCACGAAAAGAUUUAUCCCAAGUUUAUUGAGCUCUUUGUCGAACAGGUCAAGAAGACCUCUGUCGUCGGCGACCCUUAUGCUGCUGGAACCUUCCAAGGCCCUCAGGUCACCAAGGCCCAGUACGAACGUGUCUUAUCGUACAUUGAGCAAGGCAAGCAGGAAGGUGCCACGUUGAGCUUCGGCGGCAAACCUUAUAAGGGUGUCAAUGGAAAGGGCUUUUUUAUCGAGCCUACUGUCUUCACUGAUGUCAAGGACCACAUGAAGAUUUACCGUGAAGAAGUCUUUGGCCCGCUCGCCGCCAUCAGCUCCUUCUCGACCGAAGAUGAGGCAAUUGAGAGAGCCAACGAUAGCUUCUACGGCUUGGGGGCUGCGAUUUUCACAGAGAAUAUUACUCGAGCCCAUGCAAUUGUCAAGAGGAUAGAUGCAGGAAUGGUCUGGGUCAACAGUAGCAACGACUCAGACUUCCGAAUUCCAUUUGGUGGUGUGAAGCAGUCAGGCAUCGGGCGAGAGUUGGGAGAGUCGGGUAUUCUGGCAUACACAUCUGUCAAGGCUGUUCAUGUGAACCUGGGAAACCGUCUCUAG